ACUAUCCGUUUCAGUUAUUGUUGCAUCCAUCGAAGAACAGUCACAAAGUUGCUUUUCUAAAAGGAGUGAAAGCAGGAAAAAAUUCGAUUAAGAGAUAGAAAGAUGGCGGUGAUGCAGAAGCUGAAAAUAUUCGUGGUGCAAGAGCCAGUUGUUGCAGCUUCUUGCCUCAUCGCUGGUUUUGGUCUCUUUCUACCAGCUGUUGUAAGGCCCAUUCUAGAUUCCUUAGAAUCAUCGAAGCAAGUCCCUCAGCCUGCUUUAAGAGAUGUGGUUGCUGGUGUGACUGGUAAAAAGCAGGGCUGAUGUGAUUUAUGAGUUGGGAAGAAGCAGACACUCAAAUGUAGCUAGUAAUCAGCAACAAAAUAAACUUGACUUUAAAGUUGAACUCUUGCGCCUUCAACUUCAUCUUUAGCAUGAGGAAUUUGAGUGUUAAUUUGUUUUGAUUUUCAGUGGUGGAGGAUUUCUCAAAAAUCACGGAUGAUUCAUACCAGACUGGAAUUUGAUAUCAUCUACUUAAUUUGUUUCCCUACAAUUAAAGUUGUUUCUUUGGUUGAUUGCUUCCGUUUGACCUCUGUUGUUUUUCAUGGACAUUAACAAUGUGCAAAUAUGUUGCUGACAUGGUUGAAUUGUAACUUUCUUUCAGUUAAUUUCUGAAUAAGUCGAAUCUUAUUAAGGCA